CCCACUCGACAUGUCCCAACACAGCGGUGAGCGUUUGGACGAGGACCAGCGUCCACCGAUGCCCCGUCCCCUGCUGAUGACCCUGAUAGGCAGCUGGCUGGGAUCGCUGUGCAUGGGCAGCACGCUGGGCUACUCGUCCCCCUCCAAGCACAGCCUGGAGCACACCUUCAAGGACGGGGUGCAUGGGUUUGACGUCAGCACGAACGACUGGUACGACCCUCUGAUGACCAUCGGUGCCGUCCUGGGAGCUGCGAUCAGCGGCGGCGUGUCGCAGGCCCUGGGCCGCAAGAGCAUGCUGACGGUCAUCUCCCUCGGCUUCAUGAGCGGAUGGAUGGUGAUCUACCUCUCGCGCGGAAACACCUUUCACAUCUACUCCGGCCGCCUCCUCACCGGUUUCGCCAUGGGCCUCGUAUCACUCGUGUCUCCUUGUUAUAUCUCCGAGAUCACGCUGCCACACAACCGCGGAACCAUGGGCGGCAUGCUGCAGAUGGCCAUCACAGUGGGCAUCUUGUACUGCUACGUGUUGGGUCGCUUCCUCACCUGGGAUUAUCUCGCCCUCGCAUGCAUGGCACCGGCAGCACUUCUCUGCAUCGCCUCCAUGUUCUGCGUGGAGUCGCCUCGAUGGCACCUGAUGUCGGGUAGAAAGGCCGACGGUCUCGAGUGCCUGUUCCAGCUUCGAGGAGCCCGCGCCGACGAGGAAUGCAUGGCCAUCGAGAUGGUGUACGUGACAGCACCGAUCCCACCUGCUCACGUACUGCUGGCCGCGCAAGUCAACUUCCUUCAGCAGUUCUCAGGAAUCAACAUGAUCAUAUUCUACACAUUCAGCGUGUUCGCCGACGCCGGUUUGCGCAUCCAUGAAGCGGACUGCUCUAUCCUCAUCGCCACACUGCAGGUGUCCACCACCAUGGUCGCUGUGGCGGUAAUGGACAUGGUGAGCCGCAGGCGUCUGCUGCUUGUGUCGUCGCACGUGUGUGUCUUCUCGCUGAUAGCAAUGGGCGCCGUGUCACACGUGAGCAAGGAGAGCGAUGACCGCGAACGUGACAUACUCGACCGAAUACCCGUCCUUCUCAUUGGCUUUUACAUCGUAGGUUUUUCUAUAGGCCUGGGUCCCGUCGUGUGGCUCCUGAACGCCGAACUGGUGCCGUGUCGCGGCAGCGGCACUCUGCUCUCCAUGGUGUCGGCAUUCAACUGGACUUGCGCUGCGGGAGUGACCGCCUUCUUCGACCAGGUGCGCGACUCACUGCGGCUCUCCGGACUGGGCUUCCUCUUUAGCGCCAUCACUUUCAUCGGGGCGAUGCUCGUCACUUUCCUCCUGCCCGAGACCGGCCGAAUCACCCUCGAGGAGCUGCUGCAAGAGAACCUCUUCUACGCCAUGGACGCCGAGCCGCAGGCCGGUCGCAAAGGAGGGAAGAAGUGAACAUGCGCCAUUCUGCCGA